AUGACGGUUACGUCGGGCAGUGCUGAACUUACCAAGGAUGACAACAAUCUCAUUGGUAUCAGCAUAGGUGGUGGCGCCUCAUUGUGCCCUUGUUUGUAUGUUGUACAGGUGUUUGAUAAUACGCCGGCAGCGAGUGGCGAAAGAUCUGGCUGGCCACGGCAGAGUGAAAUCACGGGCGUCAACGGCAAGUCCGUCCGUGGCCGAACCAAGGUCGAAGUGGCCAAGGCGAUACAAUCAGUCCAGAAGAAAGUGACGAUCAACUACAACAAGUUGCACGCCGAGCCGUCGCAGGGCAAGACCCUCGACGUGAUCCUGAAGAAGCUGAAGCACCGCAUCGUGGAGACGAUGAGCUCGACAACGGCCGAUGCGCUUGGCCUUAGCCGCGCCAUACUCUGUAACGGGAACUGCAUGCAUGUGUUCAGUAGUGUAAUGUGUGUGCCUCCCUCACAGAUGCUGGCUGACCUGAGCACAUAUCUGAAUAAAGCUGUUCCAGACACGAAGCUGACCAUCAAGAAAUAUGCAGAUGCCAAGUUUGAGUACCUGUCGUACUGCCUCAAGGUGAAGGAGAUGGAUGAUGAGGAGUAUAGCUACGCAUCCUUGCAGGAACCUCUCUACAGAGUCGAGACCGGCAACUAUGAGUACAGGCUGGUGCUGCGGUGUCGGCAGGAGGCCCGAGCGAGGUUUGCGAAGCUGAGGUCCGACGUUCUCGUUAAGCUGGAGUUGCUUGAUCAGAAACACGUUCAAGAUAUCGUCUUCCAGCUGCUGCGGUUCGUUAGUGCUCUGUCUCAUUACCAUGACGACUGCUACAAAACUUUACAAGAAGCAGACGUUUUUCCUAUCGAGGUUGACCUAUCGCGAAGCACCUUUGCCUGCUCCGACAGCACGGACUACCAUGAGGACGAUGAGGAGGAGGAGGAGGUAGCUGAGGAGGUGCACGAAACCCCAGCAGCAGGAGGAGGAGGAGGGGUGGGCGAGGUUGCAGAGGGAGACCUGCUAGGGUCAUGAACAGGACGGCAGAAGCUUACUCAUGGACGGUGGUGGAGUUGCUAACUGCAGCAGCAUCGUAUGGGACGCCGUGCCGUGUAGGUGAGGCACAGAGAGAAUUAGGGUGCAGUGUCACACUCUGGCAGCCACGUUUACUAGGGUGAUGUGUGAAUGGAGCUUCAGGAGCGCUUUUACAAAUGUAUAGAGAAAGUGCAAUAUAUGUAUUUAUGUGGACGUUGAUUACAUUGAAGAGAUUAUAUAUAUUUAUCUAUAUUAUAUAUAUAUAUAUAUAUGUAUAUAUAAUCUGUUCCAUUUCUGGUUAUAUUUAUUGGAAUCGUUACCUAUGUGCCUAUAUAACAUGACAAUUAUCAGGAUAGAAAUGUUGUUAAUAGAGCCGUACAGAGCUUGAGGUUCAGUAACCUUUGUAAAAAUAGUAAUAUAUUCAGAAAUACUAUCAGUCGGCUGACAUUAAAACCAAUUUGAUUUCAGUAGGCACCCAUCUCUUCAAAUAUAACGUAAACUGUUAAAUAAUACUGUUGAGCAGGUAUAGGCAUGAAAUGGUUUAGUGAUUGACUAUAUUAUAUUUUCAAUUAUUUAAUUCGUUUGAUAAGUCAACAUUCCAUCGAUAUAUUAAAGAGCAUCUAAAUAGGUUGACACAAUGAACUAGUCAGUUGAAUUAAAUUUUUAUUUAUAAAUGGCCUGUUGGAAUGAUUUAUACAUUUAUCCAAUUACCAUGGUUUGAUGUGAAUGUGUAUGUUACGAUACUGGAGAUCACAUUACUGCCACUACUGAUACAACAGUGCUAUAGAGCGGAAUUAUCUGUAGAAGCAAUUUGAUGAUUGGUGAUUUUCCAUCGCGACAGCAGGGUUUAUAGAAAGUUUCGUCUCUAGCUUCGCAUGUUGUUAGUAUUUGUGUUUCGCUAGAUAUGACAAAUCGUAUUGUUUUCGUCUGCACACUCGUACAUUGCAUGUAUUUGUAAACCUGCCAGCGACAAAGAACCAAAGGAACAUGAUUUGAUGUUACGGAUGUGGAACUGUGUGAAAGCGUAUUCCAAAGAUAUUUAUAGUGAAAAUGCACAUGGAUUCUUGAUGUAUAAUGGAUGUGAAAAUUGGUGAAAUAGUAUUCAAAAAUAUAUAAAGUGAACAGACAUGGAUAUGAAUGAUGUAAUUUUUGUCGGGGUAUAUUUCAAAAUAAAUGCUUAAUAACGGAUCAACGUUUA